GGCCAGACAGCAUUGAUGCUUGCUGUUAGCCACGGGCGUCAGGAGAUGGUGCGGGCGCUGCUUGAGUGUGGCGCUGACGUCAACGUGGCAGGACGAUGAGGGCUCCACGGCUCUGAUGUGCGCCAGCGAACACGGCCGAGCUGAGAUCGUCAAGCUGCUCCUGGAACAGCCUGGCUGUGACAUAUCAAUCAUGGAUAAUGAUGGCAGCAACGCUCUGUCCAUCGCACUGGAGGCGUCUCACAAUGACACAGCUGUGCUGCUCUACGCCCAUAUGAACUAUGCCAAGACCCAGACUGCUGUGGGGAGUCCAAAGGCCCAGCAGCGAAGCCCCACCAGCCCCCACAAGCCCUGGCCCACAGAUUGACUGGGUCAUAUCUGCUGUCUGAGGUGGACAGACAAGCAAUCAUAACUGGAUAUGAGCUAGGAAAAGCUCCACUGGAAUUUACUUAAAUAUAUAUGUAUUUAUAUAUUGCCAUAUGUCCUGCAUUUAUAAGUAUUGUUAAUAUGAAAAUACUAUUUUUCCAUAAAAGUCGUGAAUGGUUAUGUUAUAUACUUGACCAAUAUGAGCUCCUAGCAUGUCUGAAUGAGGUCCCCCAGCUUUUUUUUUUCUGUGACAGGAAAUGAGGCCUUACAUUUAUUAUUUGCACUCCACUAAUAUUUUACUGUUAAGGGUAACACACACAGAGGUGGCAUAUGAUGCACAACAGAGAAUCAGCAGCUGUUAUUUUCCAUAUGAGCCCUCACGCUAACACAACAAUAAGGAUCACAGUACACGACUAUCUUAUGGUAAACCUCCGUGUUUAUCAAAUUGACUUCCUGGCUACUUUACCUUCACUUCUUUUUAUUUAACAACAUAUCUGGUGUGUGUGUUGUCCUCUAGUCUACCCUCUCUGUCCUACCUUCGUUAACUGAUCUGUGAACCUCUUCACCUUCAUCGUCUGCACUAACUGUCUGUGCAUUGUAUGUUCAUAUAAAUAUAUACAUAUAUAUAUUCAUGUCUAAAAUAAACAUAUUUACAUAAAAGCUGA